AUGCUCCUCCGCACGUGUCAGUUCUUUCGAGGUGCCACACCGCGGGAGCUUCGGGCGCAACUGCGGCGUCUCCGGGCGGUAAGCAGUGCAGCAGAAGGGGAGAUUUGUAAGCGCCGGCGUCGCGUCCGCAAGGCCCAGCGGGAGAAUGCUUCCGCUGCAUCCUCAUCAUCCUUUUCUUCUGCUUCAGCGUCAGUGGACUGCGCCGGCGUGCAUGUUGAGUGGCUUCCAAAAAAUGAGGCACUGGAGAGCGCGAUUGCACUGGCGAUCAGCGAGAACCGCGACGCGCGGACGGAGUUGGAGUUCAUGCGUCACUUCCUGACGGCCUCGCUCAUCUCACUGGCUUCUCCUGUUGGCCCCUGGGACCCGUACGACACAAAGCCACAAGUAUUCGCGCUCGAUAACUACAUCGCCCUCCCUGUUUUCACAUCACUGGCGUACCUUCGUCUCUUCUGCAGACGUUUCCACUUUACGGUACGCGACCCUAGUGGGCUGCUGUGGGCCGACGGUCCCGGUGACGCCGCAGAAGAAGAGCGGAAAGGCACGGGACGAGAAACACCGCCAUUGCCUGACGUGUCCAAGAGUGACUGGUGGGGGCGACACGUCCAACAGCAUCUCUUGGAAACCGCACUUGAGCCCACGAAGCAACCUGCGGCUGAACAGGAAGUCACCACUACUGAGAGCGCUGCUGCUAGUGCUUGCACCUCCUGGAUGGACGCAAAUGACAUCUUUGAUGCUGUGGGCGAAACAUCACAUGAGUGCGAUAACAGCACUUGCCAGAAAGUGGAGCACCCCUUUAAAAAGAAGAAACGCCCUUCUCGCACUUGGCGGCAGCACAAUAAGCGCAUCAAGAAGACGACAGAAAACAACAGCGGCAGGAAAGGCAAACAUCCGCAGGGAGGAGGAGUGGAAUCGUCAUCUGAGGAGAAUGCAACACCGAGUCAUGAUGCUGUUCGUGAGGCGUUUUGGUCUAAAGUUUGCACCACAGCUCCGUUCUCCAUUGCGCAGGCAACUCCUCUCCCUAUGUUUGGCCCCUUGCUGCGUCCUUUCUUUGUUGGCUACUUCGCUGAUGUUGAUACCUUACUGCAUAACGCCUCUAUUGUGCCCGAGAGGGUGGAUAUCGUGCUCAACCCGUCCUCUCCCAUCGAGUUUGUUCUCGCGCGGGAGGCGACGGACCGUGUGCUGCACAAGGACCAGCUGCUGCUGCUGGCCUACCGGCGCGUUGAGAAGGAGUUGCGUGGGGAGUUUCACCGCUUUCUGCGUCAUGUCGCCUCAGAAGUGGCGUGGGCGCGGAGCGCCUGCAUUCCUUGCCCCGUGCCGGGGAAACCCGACGAGGUGAAGUACACACUUGCCAUUUUGCUCCAGAGUGACGACAUUGAUCGGACGUUUUCGUGCCUCCGCAGAGCGAAAAACCACUGCCUGCUGAUGGGACACGCUGACCUGGACGUGCUGCCGUGGGAUGCUGCCGCACCGUACGUGCAAGAGGCAUCGACGCUCUUCUACGAGCGGGCUGUGGCGGCAAGUGAUUACAGCUGCGGUUCACAGAGUGCCCUUGGUGUGUUCGAGCAGCGUGGGCCCGUGCAGACCAUCAACGUAGCGCGGCCAGCGGAGAGUUUCUACCACGACCCCACUGCGGCGUACACGGAGGGGCACGCGGUGUUCACUGAGGAGCUGAAGUUGAAGCGGCGCGUGCGCUAA